AUAUUCGCAAAGAGUUGCAGCAAUCAGUUGAGAAACUUCAGUCGAACCGCUGCCACAGGCGUACGCAUUUCCUUAAUUGCUUUUCUAAAGGUGCACCAAGUUCAAACGUCCAUAAACCCAAUUAUUUUGGAGCUUCAAGUCAAUAGUCAAUAAAGCCAAGUAUGUCCAAUGCGGUGGCUUGCAUCUGCAACAUCAUACAUCCGUGUCGCAAUGAGAUUUCCGGCACUUUCGUGCUGCUCCAAUGGAUUGUGACGGGCAUUGCGGCGAUUGUAAAAGUGGUGCGCCCCGUUUGGUUGUUGUUUGGCGUACGCACGCAUAUACCGUUAAGAGAUGAGGACUACAAUAGCACUUGGAUGUACAUGGCGAAUGGUGAUGGCGAAACGGAAUUGGCUUAUCUGCUCGAGCCGCCGCCAGAGCUUGAACGCAAUAUGCCGAUGUUCAUACAAUUCGAAUACUAUAACGGCGCUGACGACGAGCUGACUCCCUUCAUCGGCAAUUUCUCCAUUGAACUGUAUGAUGAUGCCACAAAGCAGGAGCGUCAUGAAAUCGAUGAGUGGGACGAGCUGUUGGCCGACUUUAAACCCGAGCUGGAUACAAAAAUGUUAGUGCACGGUUGGAAGUCGAGCACGCAGAGCCGUUCUAUACAGUCGUUACGCGAGGCCUAUACAAAGCGCGGCAAUGUCAAUGUGUUCGCCAUAAAUUGGCGCGAUCAGGCGGAUAGCAUUUAUUAUUUAAAACCGGCACGUUAUGCCAUCCACGUGGGACGUGCCGUGUCGCGGCUGAUUGAUUCGAUGGUUGAAGAGCGUCAUGCCGAUCCGCAGCGCAUACAUUUGAUAGGUCACAGUCUGGGCGCACACAUUAUGGGCUAUGCCGGUUCGUUUGCCAGGCAUCGUGUCGGACGCAUUACGGGUCUCGAUCCAGCACGUCCCGCUUUUGAGAACUGUAUUGGUCCUGAGAAUCAUUUGGAUGCCACCGAUGCGGAGUUCGUCGAUGUGAUACAUAGCUGUGCUGGAGUUUUAGGCUUCCAGAAACCGAUUGGCACCGUUGAUUUCUAUCCGAAUGGUGGACGUGCUCCACAGCCGGGUUGCAGCGAGUUGGCAAAGAUUUUUACUGGCUGCAGUCACGGUCGUUCCCAUGAAUACUUCGCCGAAUCUAUUAAUAGUGAAAAGGGUUUCUAUGCAGUUGCCUGUAAUUCCGUUGAAGAUGUGAAAUCAAAAAAUUGCAGUGGAGAAUCUGUACUUAUGGGUGACCCAGUUCCAUUGCAUGCCGAAGGCGUUUACUUCUUGGAAACAGCUGAUAAACCAAGCUUUGCUUUGGGAGUAAAGGGGUGAUGAACCUUUUGGCAAUGUAUAACAAUAUUAUAAAUCCUUCUAUGAAAAGCAUUAGUAGAGAUAUUAUUUUGAAAAUAAACAAUUCUUAAGCAUUAAAA